AUGGAGAGAAAGAUAUGGGUGAUGCUGGAGAACAACCCAGAAGUGAUGAACCGCCUAGCAACAAAGCUAGGCGUGUCCCCCGAUCUCCAAUUCUACGACAUCUACUCAUUCGACGAACCAGAACUCCUAUCCCACAUCCCUCGCCCCGUCUUCGCCCUACUCGCCAUUAUCCCGCUCACACCAACCUGGGACCGCGAUCGCAAAGCCGAAGAUGCCGGAAAAGACGACUACACCGGAUUCGGCCCCAAAGAACCUGUCAUCUGGUUUAAACAGACCAUCGGGCACGCCUGUGGCUCGGUCGGACUUCUGCACAGUGUGAUCAACGGACCAGCGGUUGACUUUAUCCGGCCUGAUUCUGAAAUCGCGGCUAUACGCAGCCGAGCUAUACCGCUGCCGAUGGCUGAGCGUGCAGACAUGCUGUACAAUAACGUGCCGUUUGAGAUUGCUCAUAAAUCAGUUGAGAAUGUCGGGGAUUCACCUGCUUUGCCAUCGGCAGAGCAUACGGGACAGCAUUUUGUAUCUUUUGUGAAGGCGGAUGGGAGGCUGUGGGAAUUGGAGGGAUCGAGGAAGGGUCCGCUAGAAAGAGGGAGUCUUGCGGAGAAUGAGGAUGUUUUGAGUCCCCGGGCAUUGGAUAUGGGACUAAAACGGAUAAUGAGAUUGGAGAGGGAGGCGGGAGGAGAGGACCUUCGGUUCAGUUGCAUUGCUUUGGCUCGUAGGUCGUAGCUGUUAUGAUCGAUUCUGGUCUAUGAGCGUUUUGGAGGGUACGGUGCUUGUGAUCGGUGUGUAAGCUAUGUUUCUACGGGUGUCAAAGAGAAACAUCCACAGGUUAC